UCCGGUCAGACGUCAGACCCCGCCUCCCAACGACACAUUUAGCCACGAACUCUCCAACGGACUAACCCAACGAUGAGAUGAGUAUCACAUCCCAGUGACCCAAUUACCUCCCCAAAUCCCACCUAUGAGUACACGAGGCUUUGCAGGGAGACCUAGAUAUAAACCAUAAGAUGAUAUAAAUAUGUUAGGAAGCAAAUCAUGAAGGAGACAACAGUUUAAGCUUUGGGUCAACCCCGUGACUCCCUGGCUACUUCUAGUGCACUGAGCUGCUGCAGCAGGCCACCACAGAGGCAGGGGCUGCUAAUGGACCAGCGGACUGGACUAGCAUCUGGAAGCUUGUUCAGAAUUCAGAAACUUGGCCCAUAAUACAGAACUACUGGAUCAAAAUCUCCCCAGUUGAUAUAUCUGUACACAAAAGUUGGGGAGGUGCUGCUCUAAUCCACAGCGCUAAUAGAGCUCUUCAUCGUUCACCUCGCGAACACCUGGGUUACUGGAAGGGACCUACCUGCUUGAGUCUACUGAGCUUCGCCGAAGGGGCCCAUAUGGAGGUUUUCAAAGCUUUCCGGUGUGCUAGAGCGUGAACCGAGGCCUCACUCAUGCUGAGCAUGUGUUCUAUCACUUAGUUACAUCCCCAGCCUGAUACUUGAUUCUGGGUUUUGAGGGUGAGCAGAUGGUGAUCUGAGAUGAAGUCACCACCCUGCCUAUGUUUGGGUUGCAUUGAGGGAGGAGGCAGCAGACCUGGAUUUCCAGUAGGGGGUGCUGGAUCCCAGGAGGUGGGUGUGGAGAACUGAGGCUGGAAAAGACUUAAUUUGGAAGACACCACUUUCUGACUAAGGGAGCCCAUCCCACAAGGAUCCUCUGGAUGUUCAGAACUCAAGUUUCAUCUAUCCAUCUACUCAUCCAUCCAGCCACCCACCUAUCCAUCCAUCCUUCCACCUGUCAUUCCUCAAAUAAACAUCUCUUUGCUCUUAAAGUUCGUAUAUCACAGGGUGUUGCAAAGCCCUAUAAGAUAUUUCUUGCCCAGAGUCAUUUAUUUGCUAGCUGAGCCUUUCCCCUGAGAUGUGCAACUAAUGCCCAUGCCAAGUGGCUUGCUCACACUGCUCCAUGUGCAUUAGUUGGCUUCCUGUCUCUAGUACUUUUCUCCCUUCCCUCCCAGAAGCCCUGGGAGAUCCUGUCCUGCUGAAGGAUUUCUUUUAACAUCGUACUGCUGGUCUGAAGACGACAAAUUUCCUCCUGUGUUGGAUGUCUGAAAAUGUCUUCAUUUAGCCUUUGUUGGGUGUGAGGGGGAUCUGGCUGCGACAUCUCUCACCCCACUGAUCUCCGGGGUUGAUUCAGCUGAUCUGGCUGGCUAUGUGUGUGUCCCCUGCCUCCCUCACCCUCCAUGUGUGCCCCCUGGAAGCUGCACGCUGGGCGGAAGAGACAGACAGUUCCCUGUGCCCCAAAAGAAGGGGUGGGGGUUCUCCAGAGAGCAGCACUUCUCUCUCAUCACCUUAAGAAACAAUGGCUCCGCUGAACGUUGCGAGAAUGGAUCCUGAUUUGAAAUGCCACCGUGACCACCGCACUGGAAGUUGCUGCCCUCUGGGGUGUGGAAGCCAGUGUUCACAGGAAGCCACGGCCUUCCUUGCCUCGUCGCCACACCCAGAACUGGAUGUGCUUUUGUGGAGGGAUGGAAGCCACCCCGGUCUUGCAGUGGCAGGCAGCCCUUGUGUGAAUUUUGCUCUCACCCUGAUGUCUCCAGAAAGGGAAGGGAGAUGCCUCCUGUGAGCCGCUACUCGGGCCGGGAUCUGCGCCUGUUUUUCUCUCAGCUCCCGAGAUAAUGACUUGCCUUCUGCACCUGUCUUUCUAACCCCCCCGAUUGGAGGACCGUUUCCUGGGUCUCGGGGUUUCUUCAGUCCGGCCCGGAGGAGCCUGAGGAAUCCACACCCGGGGAUGAGGACGGAAGAUGGACCAGGCCAGUGGAGCAGAGGCCCUUACUCUGUCCAGGGUGGAACGCGGCGUGGAGAACCAGGGUCUGGAGCUCACGGAAGACGGCGCAGAUCCCGGGGGAAGCCAGAAGACCACGGUGCCAGGGCCUCAGCAGAGGAGGAAUCUACAGCCUUUCAUUAAGGCAAGAAGUUUCUGUGCAAGACAUGCCAGACUGUUCAAGAAGAUCCUGUUGGGCCUCUUGUGUCUGGCAUACACUGCCUACUUCCUGGCAGCUUGCAUCCUGGAUUUCCACAGGGCACUGGCCUUGUUCGUCAUCACCUGCUUGGUGCUCUUUGUCCUGGCUCACCACUUUCUGGAAAAGUUCUUUGGUAAAAAAUUAAGCAGAUGUCUGAAGCCCUUGAAAAACUCUCGCCUGCGAGUUUGGAUGCAGUGGGCGAUCGCAGGUGUCUCUCUGGUUGGCCUCGUCCUGUGGCUGGCUCUCGACACGGCACAAAGGCCAGAGCAGCUCAUCUCCUUUGCAGGAAUCUGCAUGUUUCUCCUCAUCCUCUUUGCCUGCUCCAAACACCACAGUGCCGUGUCCUGGAGGAUAGUGUUUUGGGGCCUGGGUCUUCAGUUUGUCUUUGGGAUCUUGGUCAUCAGAACUGAUCCUGGAUUCAUUGCUUUUCAGUGGCUGGGAGAACAGGUUCAGAUUUUCCUGGACUACACUGUGGCUGGCUCCAGUUUUGUCUUUGGAGAUACACUGGUCAAAGAUGUCUUUGCUUUUCAGUCCUUACCAAUCAUCAUUUUCUUUGGGUGUGUGAUGUCCAUUCUCUACUACCUGGGCCUCGUGCAGUGGGUAGUUCAGAAGAUCGCCUGGUUCUUGCAAAUCACCAUGGGCACCACUGCCACGGAGACCCUGGCUGUGGCAGGAAACAUCUUUGUGGGGAUGACAGAGGCACCUCUGCUCAUCCGCCCCUACCUUGCAGACAUGACCCUCUCCGAAAUGCACGCGGUGAUGACUGGAGGGUUUGCCACCAUCGCAGGCUCUGUGCUGGGAGCCUUCAUAUCCUUCGGGAUAGACGCGCCAUCUUUGAUCUCCGCCUCUGUCAUGGCCGCCCCUUGCGCUUUGGCCUUGUCCAAGCUGGUGUAUCCGGAAGUGGAGGAGUCCAAGUUCAAGAGCAAGGAGGGGCUGAAACUGCAGCGUGGGAAGGAGAGGAACAUUCUGGAAGCUGCCAGCAGUGGAGCCACAGAUGCCAUAGGCCUGGUUGCUAACAUAGCAGCCAACCUGAUCGCCUUUCUGGCUGUUUUGGCCUUCAUCAACGCUGUCCUCUCCUGGAUGGGGGAAUUGGUGGACAUACACGGGCUCACUUUCCAGGUCAUCUGUUCCUAUGUGCUGAGGCCCAUGGUUUUCAUGAUGGGUGUGGACUGGGCAGACUGCCCCAUCGUGGCUGAGAUCGUGGGAAUCAAGUUCUUCACCAAUGAGUUUGUGGCCUAUCAGCAGCUGUCUCAGUACAAGAACAAACGUCUCUCUGGAGUGGAAGAGUGGCUUGAGGGCGAGAAGCAGUGGAUUUCUGUGAAAGCUGAAAUCAUUUCAACAUUUUCACUCUGUGGAUUCGCCAAUCUCAGUUCCAUGGGAAUCACUCUGGGAGGCUUGACGUCCAUAAUACCCCACCGGAAGAAUGACUUGUCCAAGCUGGUGGUCAGGGCCCUCUUCACGGGGGCCUGUGUGUCCCUUAUCAGCGCCUGUAUGGCAGGAAUCCUCUAUGUGCCCAGGGGAGCCGAGGCGGACUGUGUCUCCUUCCUAAACACAAGUUUCACCAACAGAACCUAUGAGAGCUACGUGUGCUGCCGAGAGCUCUUCCAGAGCGUGUCUUUAAAUGGCACCAACAGACUUUCUUUUUCUGGUCCCUGGGAGAGCAAGGAGUUCAGUGCCACGGCUCUUGCUAACUGCUGUAAAUUCUACACCAACGCCGUCUGCGCCUAAGCUGGUUGAUCCAUUUCCAUGACACUUCUCAACAGCUGUUUCAUGACAGCGGCAUUUAUGUACUCAGGGCGACCAUCCUAUAAUGAACUCACUGGGAUCUAUAAUAGUGAAAGAUUCAUUUUGGUUCACUGUAUCCAAACAUGAAAAUUAGCGUUCAUCUUUCAGUUGUCUGGGUGAACCAAAUGAGAAAUUCCUCAUGGGCCCUCCUGAGCUUUUAUUUGUUUUCUGUUUUUUUCUUUUUUGGUACCGGGGAUCGAACUCGGGUCCUUAUGCUUUCGAGGCAGGCACCAGAACCACUGAGCUAAAUCCCCAGCCCCUGAGCCUUUAUUUGAAAAAAAUAAAUGUUACCAUAUCAAAAAAAAAAUCUUGGAAACCUUGCUGCUAGUUGCCAUCUUAAAUUAUGUGUUGUAGUAUGCUAUAAAAGUGAUUUAGUAUCUGUUGUGUCUGGGGACAGAGGUGGAGGGAGCUAUAUUUCUUGGAGUUUUGUGGAUGAGCUGAGCUUAUAUUACUAAAGUCACAUGUAAAAGGUACAUGAAUAUUUAAUGAUAAAAUUUUUCUGGUUGUCAUGUAUUUGUAAAUCUGCAAACUCUUCGACAUCAAUACACAGUAAACAAAAAGUUCUGUAUACAAACUUCUCAGGAAGGUAUAUUUGUUAAAGAUUCUUACUUGGUUUUAGUAUUCUCCUGUAGUGUCAGCCAUACUUGCUUCGAGUUUACAGAGUGCCAUAACAACAGUGGUUUUUAGUGGGAAAGGGAGCAAUUUUGCUUUCCAGGGGACCUCUGGCAGCGGCUCCAGACAUCAGCGGUUAUUAGAACUGGGAGGACGCUACUGACAUCUACUGGGAGAGACCGGGAUGACAGGCAGAUUCCUCCAAGCCUCCGUCAGCCUUCCACACCAAAGAAUUCUCUGGGCCCAAAUGCUGACAGCGCUGAGACUGAGACACUGAUUCACAAUUGUUAAUAUACUUACUUAUUUAUGCAAUAUUAUGUAUAAUAUUAACAGUAUUAUGGCCUAAAGGAAGUGGUUCAAGUGGAUAUAGGAGUCCUAAAAUAAUUACACAGAAUUAUUACCUGGCCUGACAAUUCAAAAGAAUUGAAGACAGGUAUACAAACAAGUACACCAACAUACACAUUCAUAGCAACAUUAUUACAAUACUCAGAAAGUGAGAGUAGUCCAGAAGCUCAUCAACAGGUGAAUGCAUAAACUGUGGUAUAUACAUACAAGGGAAUUUUAUCCACCCAUUAAAAGGAUGAAGUACUGAGCUAUGCUAUGUAAAAGGACUUAAAAACAUUACACUAAGUAAGGAGCCAGGAUGAAAGGCUAUUUACAUAGACCAGAAUAGAUAAAGAGACAAAACACAAAUUGGGGUUUGCCAGGGACUGAGGGUGGGCCUGUAGGGAGUUUAAGAGCGACUUCUUAAUGUGUAUGGGGUUUUACUUUGGGGUGAUGGGAAUAUUUUAGAACUAGAUAGAUAGCAGUUGUGCUGUAUUAUUGUACUGAAUUGUUAACUCUAAAGUGGUUAAUUUUGUUAUGUGAAUUUCAACUCAGUAAAAGAAAAAAAAAAAAGAA